AUGGCCGACGUGUACGUGGCUAUACAUCUCAGCACCACGCUUGACGAGGCUUCUGCAUUCAGAGAUGCCAGCCAACUCAUGGCCAUCUCCUGGUGUGUUGUAGAGGCAACCUCAUUGGAGGUGCUGCCGUCACAGAGUAUCUUGAUCAAACCAGAGAAUAUCCCCGUGACCCCUGCUUGUUUGGACAAAUACAACGUGUCGUGGGAUGAAGUGAAGAACGGUCUCUCGUUCAAAGACGCUAUUGCCGAGUUUGACAAGAAACUCAGCGAACAGGUCAAUGGAAGAGAGUUUUCGUUCGUCACCGUCGACUUGCCAAUGUUGCGAGUGUCUCUCCCUCGCGAGGCUAGAGAUAAGGGUGUGGUGAUGCCUGCGUAUUUGCAGCAUCCCCGGGUCUUCGAUUUGUGCAACGAAUAUCUGAAAUGGCAGGCCGUUCAUCCGGAGGCCAUGAGCUAUCCCAACUCAUCUUUGUCGAACGUGAUCACCGCCUUGAGCGUGGACGUUCCACUCGGGUGGUCGGAAGACAAAUUGGAGGAUGUGCCCAAAGCUGUCGAGACAUAUGCUGCUAUCUUGGUGCAGAUGGUGAAGAAGUCGGUGCCAUACGAAGCGCACAAACUGGUUCUCACGAAGCCAUACGAUUCGGCGCAGGAUGCAAAGGCGUUUUUAGCCGAACGCUCCAAGAUCUUGUUUUUGUCCAAUCUUCCUGCUGAGACGACGCAGUCUGAGCUCGAGCUGUGGUUUGCCCAGUAUGGGUGUAGACCUGUCGCUUUCUGGACACUCAAGAAUGUCGACAAUGAUGCUAAGAAUAAUCAGAACUCAACAGCACACAAAUCAAAGAGCAUCUGUGGCUUCGCCAUCUUCUCGAAGCACGAAGAGGCUGCCGAAUCAUUGUACAUGAACGGCCGUUUGCUUAUGGACAGGGUCGUUGAAGUUCUGGCAUCCUCAACCCGCAUACUCGAUAGGGCAUCUGAGUUGCUCACGCCAUUUGCUUCCCUGAAGAACAGACCACGUCCAGGAGAUUGGAACUGCCCAUCUUGUGGCUUCUCUAACUUCCAGAGAAGAAUCGCCUGCUUUAGAUGUUCAUUCCCCGCUACCUCAGCGGUGGCCAUCCAGGAGCAGAUUUACAAUGCUCCACAGAACAAUUCUCAUGAUAAUGGUUUGAUGAGACGCCACAAACUCGAGGACAAACAGAACAACACUUCAAGCAAUGGUUACAAUGACUACUACGGUUCCCCUCAUCACCAGGUGAAAAACAACUCUGGUAAUUUCAAUUCCAACUACAAUACUAAUUACUCUCAGGUCCACAACAAUGGAAACUCUCAAAGAAUGCACUACAAUAAUAGCGUGCCCUUCCGUGCUGGUGAUUGGAAGUGUACCAAUGAGGCUUGUAAUUAUCACAACUUUGCGAAAAAUCUCUGUUGUUUGAAGUGCGGCGGAGCUAAGCCCGCAUCUGUCGCAAAUCAAAUGCAGCAUUCCCAUUCCGGAAACAUGACAAAUCAUCAUGGUGCCAACCAAGCAAAUAUUCACACUGUAAACACAACAGCUGCUGCAAUAGCGGCUGCUACCGCAAGCGGGCAGCCAUUGAACUUGAAUAGCAACUAUGGCAACGGACAGCGCUCGCAAACAAAUAGACUGCCUCAAGGCAACAUCCAACUGCAGCCUCAGAUACCAGUGCAAAUGAACAGCAACGGCUUGUACUCCAACCUUGGACAAUUGCAACAACUUCAGUUUAAACAGCAACAACAACAACAACAACAGCAUCUGCAACAACAGCAACAACAACAACAACAGCAGCAGCAGCAACAACAACAACACCUUCCUAGCCACUUACCACAACACUUGGCGCUUUUGCAGGGACCAGGACAAGGCGCACACGCGAAUCAAAAAAACCGCCCAAAGCACCUGCAAUCGGCCAGUAAUUCACCCCGAUUGUAUGGCCAGCAUCCAGGCUAUCAAUACAAGGGAGACAACGGGAUAGGCAAUGGAGGUGUUAACAUGCUUAGCAGCCAAAUCAAUUCUUUGAGUUUGAACAACACUGGCAUUUAG